UUGGAGCUCAAUUGUGCAAAGCUUGAACCAUCCUUAACUCCAAAGUAUGGCUUCCAUUGACAAAGAGGUGGCUAUUGAGCUUCUUCCCUUCCUCCGAGUCUACAAGGACGGUUCAGUUGAGCGAUAUCUAGGCUCACCAAUUGUGCCACCCUCACAUGAGGACCCAGAAACAGGAGUGUCAUCAAAAGAUAUCACCAUUUCUGAAAUCCCCACCAUCUCAGCUAGGCUUUACCUCCCAAAACUCACACAACCAAACCAAAAAUUGCCCAUCUUGGUCUACUUCCAUGGCGGAGCCUUUAUUGUUGAAUCUGCUUUCUCCUCUGACCACCAUAGGUACCUCAAUGAUUUGGUCUCUCAAGGUCAAGUUGUUGCUGUAUCAGUGGAGUAUAGGCUAGCUCCUGAGCACUCGCUUCCCAUUGCAUAUGAAGAUAGCUGGGCUGCUUUUCAAUGGGUUGCAUCACACUCUAUGGAUAACUAUGCUGAUAAAGAGCCAUGGCUGGAAAAUCAUGGUGACUUUAAACGAGUUUUUGUCGGCGGUGACAGUGCAGGAGCUAAUAUUGCCUAUAAUAUGACCAUGCGAGCUGGGAUUGAGGGCUUGAAUGGUGGCGUUAAGAUUGUAGGAACUUUUCUAACUCACCCUUUCUUCUGGAGUUCAAAGCCAAUAGGUUCAGAGUGUACAGUGGAACAUGAGAAGUCACUCCCAUGUAGGCUUUGGGAGCAUAUAUUUCCGGGAGCACCUGAUGGCAUAGAUAACCCAAAGAUGAAUCCAUUGGGUCCAAGCGCACCAAGCUUAGCUAGACUUGGGUGUUCCCGGUUGCUUGUGAGUGUUUCUGAAAAAGAUGAGCUGAGAAAUAGGGGUGUUUGGUACUAUAAUGCAGUGAAGGAAAGUGAGUGGGAAGGAGAAGUAGAUCUGGUUGAAGUGGAGGGAGAGGGUCACGCUUUCCAGAUUAUAAAAUUUGGGUGUGAGAAUGCUAAUAAUUUGAACAAACGGUUGGUUUCUUUUCUCCUCAAGUAAAGUCAUCUUUCAUUAGGUUUCAUGUUUGUGUGUGUGAGGCCUUAGUUUUAUGAGUGCUUGAAAACUCAAACUUUAUGAUGCUUGAAGGCUCUGUUAAUAAAGGAAAAUUAUUGUUUUACGCUCUUUAA